AUGGUGCUCGUGUCUGUUUUUCUCUUCCUUCAAGUGUUUUCAGCGAAAGCUAUCCCAGGACUCGUCCCUUCUACUUACUGUAAGACCGCAAUUCCGGGAACAUGCGAGUCCAAAAUCGAUGUAUUUGCGGGCCGCAUGGAUUCCGCUGUUUCGGUCGUGGCUUACCCACCUGAAAAAUUUGACCAAUGUACCACCGAAGGAACUUACAAGCCUGCGGAGAAUUUGGGUGAACUUGUUUUUGGUCAGCGUUUGUCAACGACUGCUUUCCAGAUAAAUUUUGCCGAACCUGUUAACUGUAAGGCGUUAUGUGUCAAGAAGUACCCAGACCAGUCUACCCCGUCCGUCUCGGCCUAUAAUGACCUGCUUAGUGGGAUCAAGAGUUUCUACGACCGGCAUUGGUAA